AUGUCCGGCCGCAAGCUGGGAGGCGGCCGCAUCUUAGGCAGCGGCAAAGGCCUCGCCCCUCCCACGCCUCCCGCUAUCAACGGCCACCAACGCACACCCAGUCCCUUUGCUCCCUCCGAAAGCACUCUGUCGCUCAACUCUUCCUCGGCUUCGCCUCCAGUCACAAGCCCUCUACCCGACUUCGCACAGGAUCUUAUCUCCAACAUUAGCGUUGGCGGGCCUUCACGAGCCGUUUCCUCAAGCUCCAAGCUGGUCUGCCCAAUAUGUGAAGAGGAAAUGUUGACGCUGCUUCAACUCAACAGACAUAUCGACGACAACCACCAAGAACUCCCCGAGGUCGAGCAAGAUGAAGUCCGCACCUGGUUCGACAAGCAGGUGCUCAAGGCCAAGCGAUUCCAACCCCUAUCUAUAAUUAAUCAAAAACUGCGAGGCCUCGACGUCUUCGAAUCCAACGAGUCUCUGCCAAUCGCCCCGCCGACGACCGCGAAGCUCAUUGAGGGCCCGAUAGAACCGGACGAGCUCAUUACUCGAUCGCACUGGCAACGCCAAACGAGCAACGACCGAUGCACCGACCCAGCGUGCGGGAAAGGGCUUGGGGCUGUUAAUGGAAGCAUAAAUUGUCGGAAUUGCGGCAGGCUAUUCUGCGAGGAGCACACCAUGUAUCAAAUGAAGCUGUCGAGGUCUGCCCAGCAUGACCCCGUGCGGGGAUACUGGGUCCGAGUCUGCGAGACGUGUUACAAGUCGAGAGACGGCUACAACGACCACAACGGUGUCCUGAUUGACCACACCUCGACAUUUGCGGAGAUGCGACGGAAGAAGGUGGAGAGGCAGAAUCUCGAAGUGGCUAGGCUGGAAAAGCGUUUGACCAAGCUGACGCAAUUGCUUGCGAAUGCGCCCGAAGAUGUCACGACAAAUGGAGGUCUGCUGUCGCCUGUCGCCGCGUUGGCCGGUCAGAAGAACCAAAGGAAGCUGCUCGAGCAGUCAGUGGUCACAUGGGAGGACGACGCCUCCGUCAUGCAAUGCCCGUAUUGCCAGCAAGAGUUCGGAUCCUGGACGUUUAGACGACAUCACUGCCGGAUAUGUGGCCGGGUGGUCUGCGCCGAUCCACUUACAGGCUGCUCGAGUGAGGUGGGCUUGAGCAUAGCCAGUCGUGAGUCUCAAUCCGCAGGAUCAUCACCGGCAUCGCGCCUAACAGUCUCAGCUACGAGUCCUGCGACAGAGAAGCCCCCGACGGCGGCACAGCCUGGCCAACUUAGCAUCGACGUUCGCAUGUGUCGCGAGUGCAAUCAUACAAUCUUCGCCAAGCGUGACUUUGCGGCGACCAUCUCCCAUAAGCCAGCCGACCAGCGCGCUUAUGAGACACUGCGCCAAUUCGAACGUGGUAUCCGCCAGCUUAUGCCCAUCUUCCAACGGACAUUACUUGCGCUCCAGCCAGAGGGGGACGAUGGAACCAACGCAUCAAAACCGCCGCCCACGCAUGCCCAGAUUCAGGAGGCCUCAAAAAUCCGGAAACGUCUCACCGAUGCAUUCACCAAAUACGACACGGCCGCACGCCGUCUCCGCGAUAUGAAGACGACCUCAAAGACGCAGCUUCGCCUACAGCAAGCCGUCUACGCGGCUGCGUCCACAUUUUUGCACACCCAUAUGUUGACUCUCAAGUCUGUACCGCAAAUACUACGCUCCCGGUCUUCGCAGACGUCUCGACUGCGCGCUUUGCAAUCUGGUAGCGUUAACGGAUCAUCAUCUUCCCUGCACCUAUCGCCACUUCGUAAUCAAGAGCUCGCCGAAUCCGAGACGGCCAGCCAAGCAAGCGAGACCAGCACCGCUGUGUCGGCGCUCGAGACGGAAGAGAAGGAGGCGCGCGAGCGGCUGGUGGUCCUGGAGGAGCAGCGCUUCAUGGUGCAGCAAAUGGUGGACUCUGCGCGGGAUGCGCGGCGGUUCGAGGAGGUCAGCGCGCUUUCGCGCAAUGUGGAAGAGCUGGACAGGGAGAUUGAGAGGGCCAAGAAGUUGGUGGGCGGCGUCGAAGAGCGAUGGGAGGGUCUUUAUGCGUCAGGUCUCGCGUCGUGA